AUGAAGACCGCCCUCCGUCAAGGAGGCGCAGCUGCCUUGAACAUCUAUACCGUUGGUUUCAGGUCAACUGCCACUGAUGGUCUCCUGGGGUAUGCUACCUUCCCUUCGAGCUAUUCCAGUGCACCCAGGGAUGACGGUGUUGUUGCUCUCUACUCCUCCCUUCCCGGAGGCACCAAGACUAACUUCAACCUUGGCCGUACAAUCACUCAUGAGGUUGGUCACUGGGUUGGUCUCUACCACACCUUCCAAGGCGGAUGCUCCGGCUCUGGCGACCAAGUCUCCGAUACCCCUGCUGAAGCUUCCUACGCAACUGGCUGCCCUAUUGGCCGUGACACUUGCUCAAGCGCUGGUGUCGACCCCAUCCAUAACUUCAUGGACUACACGGACGAUUCCUGCAUGUCGGAAUUCACCACCGGCCAGACCACCCGCCUCGCUUCACAACUCGCCACCUACCGCGGCAUCUAA